GUAUAUAUGAUAACCGCCUACCACCGUUUUUCUCUCUCUUCUAAACAUCGCAGAUUCGCAAUGCCAAUUGUAGCAGAUUACGAACCUGGAACCAUCGAUCGAUACAUUGCGAACUGGAAGCAAAAGGGUUAUGAUAUGGAUGACAAUUCCCUAUCCCCCAAGACUGAGGGCUGCCCUUUUCGGGUAUAUAUGGAUGCCUUCAAGGAAGGCAGUGAUGACUACGAAGUUGUUAUGACAAUACUAAAAGCUAUAGUUGACAUAAUGAAUGCUGAGGUUGUAUGCAUACAUAUUUGUAAUCUAUACUCAUUUCCACAAAUAUUUACUAUGUUUUUUCUAAUGCUUAUCAAAAUUCAGAUACAUAAGGAGAAGUACGAGGUGAAGGAACUUGUCAAGGAGGUGCAUGCCACGGACCUGCCCUUGUACGAGGAUAUGCAGAUUUUGAAAUUUAAUGUGAGUGAAGUUCAUACUAAUGAGGUGAAGACCGUUGAGGCGGCAUUAUAUGAUGAUGGUUAUUCUGCCUAUUAUGAUCUUCAAGAGUGGAGGUUUAAACCCGGCCCCCCGGAAACUCCUCCUGAGAUUUCCUACCCUUUAAGUCCUUCCCCAGAAGCUUCCCCUGAGCCUGAAGAACCCUCUAUUUCAUUCGACCACUGGUAUAAAAGGGAUGAUGAUGAUCUCUACUUUUUCGGACAAAUGGUAUAAAAAAGAACGUAUGAUGAUGAGAUUUUCGACGAUUAUGGUAUUGUUUUCUAUUUCGGGUAAUAUGAAGAAUAUCCUGAAGAUGAUGAAGAUUUUGAUGAUAAAAUAUGCUGUUGUUUAUGCUUAUGCUACUUAUGAAAUAUGUAUCCCAGACUUAUCAGCAUCAGGAUUAGACAUAUAAGGAAUCUGAUUACCGCUGCAACUUCUGGCGGAGCGAUUCGAGGGGCGCCGAUGAUCGAUCAAUUCAUGUUCAUGUACAUAAAAUAAAACUUACUUCAAUUUCUUGUGUAGAUAAUGAAUUUUGAAUUGUAGUAUUAAACUUGUGAGGCCUCAAAUUAAUAAUGCUUCA